AGGAUUGAGAGGGGCGCGGCACUCGGUUACUCGCUGGUAUUAGUGCGAGUGACGAGUCAGUUUGGACGGGGACAUCGAGGCGUGCGGUCGUGUGGUUCACGACCGGAACAGUUAUCAGUAGAAGAGAUUGUGGCAAUUUGUUUUUAUAACUUAAUCGUGACAAUUCUCAGCUAUGUUUACACCAUUAUCAGACACCAUGAAUUUAUUAUAGGUUUUAAUUAAUAAUGAGAAAUUUAAAUAAGCAGAAAAAAGUAAACUUACAAGUGCAAUGACAUUCACUGAUGUGAUAACAUCGUCGAGUUUGCCUUUACUUUGUUCAGGUACAAAGAAAUAUCUGCUUUGCUUUCUGUAGCUCACAGUGAAGUUUGCAUCAUGCCACGUAACGUUAACUUUCUGUGGAAUCUCCUGGAACCUGAACGGUCCAAUCUCAUCGAAGUGAGGUUUUAUUGAUUUGUUGUUAAAAUCCAAUGGAUUCGUCCAAUUAAAGAGAUAAAUGUCAAGAUAAAGUGGCUGAGGUGGGGAACUCCAAAAUUUGUGAUACAUCGAGCCAGGACGUAAUUCGAGUUGCUAAAUAGUUGAAUCAAAACAAAAAAAAAAGAAAACUUACCUUGAAUAAAAUAUGAUCAAAACACUGCGGCCACGUGAGAAACAGCAAAGCUCCCACUAUCACAAAUAAAGCACCGACGAGAAAAUGUGAAUUCACGCAUUUUUUAUCACUUUUUUCUUGGUUUUUCAUGGUUAUUCCG